UUUCAAUCGGCCUUUGCUCCUUUCGUCCGCCUCGAGACCUGCACAUCGAUCAGAAAUACAUCGCAGUCACCAGAUAUCUAUACACUUUGCUCAUACUCAUCAGCUCAUCAUGGCGUCCGUUUCACGAGCAGCUCGCAUCCGCAACCCAGCACUAUUCAUCUGCGAUCUCCAAGAGAAAUUCCGCCCUGCGAUCUACGAAUUCUCCAAACUGAUCCCAACAACUACCAAAAUGCUCACCGCCAGCAAAGCCCUCUCGAUCCCCACCUUCGUGACGACCCAAAGCCGCGCCAAACUGGGCGACACGAUCUCCGAGCUCCAACCGCACCUGAACGGGCCCCACGUGCGCGCCAACAUCGACAAGACCCUAUUCUCAAUGAUCACGCCAGAGAUUGAUGCGCUGUUGCCGCAGGGGGACAAGAAACCGCUGGACGCGAUCAUCGUGGGGAUCGAGACGCAUAUCUGCGUGACGCAGACGACGCUGGACUUGCUGGAGCGAGGACACAGGGUGUACGUGCUCGUGGAUGGGGUGAGUAGCGUGAAUGCGGAGGAGAGGGGGAUUGCGCUGGCGAGGCUGCGGGAUGCGGGGGCGAUUGUGACGAGUAGUGAGAGUAUUUUGUUUGAGAUGGUGGGGGAUGCGAAGCAUGAGCAGUUUCAGGCGGUUAGUGGGUUGGUCAAGGAGAUGAAGGAGGAGACGAGAGGGGCGUUGGAGGUGUUUUCGAGGAUUUGAUCUGGCUGUCUGUGGUUUGAAGGGUAGUUG